AUGAAGGGUAGCAGUGGAAAUCCGAAUAAGACACAGCAGUAGUAUAGCUCUAAAUUUGAUAAGGAUAGUAUGGACCAUUAGCCUCAUCCAGUUUAAAAGCAUUUUAUCAACUAAUAAUCUCCAGGAAGCUACUAAUAAGCACAAGGAACGGGCUUGGAAGAUCUUAAUGAAUUUUAAUUAGAAUAAUACUAUGAGUAGAUGCAAGCUUUAUAGAAUUAAGAAUAAAUUGGUAAAUUUAAUCAAUAAAAACAAUUGCAGUAGAUAAACUCUAAUCCAGGUGCUUCUAUUUCAAACGGAGUUACUUAACAAUAGAUGUAGCAAUACUAAUAGCAGCAAUAAUAAAUUUUAAAGCAGCAGUAAUUGUCUUAGUAAAUCUAGCAAUCCCAAGCAUAGCAAUUAAAUUACGAAAAAAAAUUCAAUCAAAUUCAAUCACCUUAAUAUAGUUAGGAUGAUUUGCAAGAUGAUCACCAUGCUGAAGGGAUAGAUGAUGAAAAUAUUUAUGAGAGUUAGUAAAUGGCAUAAUUGGCAAAUCAUUUAAAUGGAAGCCUUAACAUGUAAGGAAAUGCAUAAUUCAAUAACCUGAGUUAGGGGACUAACUAAAAUCAGAAUAGCAAUACAAAUAAUAGUUUCAGUUCAGCUGAAGAAGUUAUUAAAUCAACAGAUGAUACAACAAUUAAAGAAGAGUUUAAAGAAAUUGACAAGCAAUGGCAAAAACAAUUGAUGCAGGAUUCUGAAAAGUAUUUUGAGAAGAUUAUUGAGAUGAACGAUAUUGCCUCGUAAAAGCUAAAUGAUGGGUAGUAAAGAGAAGCUCUAGCAAUUUUAUAUAAAGCAGAAAAGAUGCUUGAACUUGCAGCAAGCUGUGGAAAGGUAAUAGAUAGAAAUCUUAUUAUUGUGGUAUUAUACAAUAGGGCAUGUGCUUAUUAAAGCUUAUGGAUUUUAGAUAAGUGUUCGAAGUAUAUUGAUGGAGUCAUUUAUAAUCUUGAAAUGAGUCUUAAAGAAGAAGACUCUAUAGAAAGUAUGUCAGAUUUAGCUCCAAAUUUAGCAGAAUCUAUGAAGUAAGGACCAAAUUAUAAUAAAACAGGUAGAAAAAAAAAUAUUGAUAAAGAUCUACUCGCAUAUAAAAUAAAGAAAUAAACAUUUUUAGUUAAAUCUUACUUAUAAUGUUGUGCAAUACUCUCCUAGCAAGGCUUACAUUAAAAAGCCCUUGAUACAGCAAACGAAGGAGCAACUGUUUUAAAAAGGAUAUUCACGUAGUGUUUUGAAUUUUGUAAAGAAAUAAUCAAAGAAAAUGAAAUGCAUUAAACUUGUAAUACGAUGAUAAAAUCACCACGUUAAAUGUUUUAAAAUGGACUUUCAUAAGGUCCUCUUUAAAGCUGUAAAAGCAACUGCAGUGCACCUCCAACUUAAAGAAAUAACUCUAGUGGAGUAAAGAACCAACCUUACCACUUCUAAUAAAAUUAAAACAGUUAUUUUUCGAAAGAAAAUGUGGGAUAAUAAAAUUUAACUUCAGAUUAUUCUAUGGACUCUAUGAUGAGCUCAAGAAAAAGUGUUCAACAAGCCAAAGAAGAAGUCUAUUUUCAAAAACUUGUUGUUGAAUUUGCUUAUACAAUUCUCAAGGAUAUUUAAGGCAUGAUUAAUAUAGAAGAUUCAGAUAAAAGCCAAGUUGAUCAUUUUAGAGAUGCUAGAAGAAGUUUGUAUUUUUGGAAAAAUAAUCCAGAAAACAAUGAGAGACACAUCAGACAAGAGUUGAAUGUUCCAACAAAGCUGAAUGAGGAAGAAACUAGAUCUAUUCUAGGCGUCUAAAAUGGUUCAGAAUGGAUUGAAAGCUUUAACAUUGGGUCAAUUAUGCACAUGGUCCCAGUCUAGUAUGAAGAAUUUUCUUUCUUUGGUGAUUUGAUGUACGAAAUUUCAAAAAAAAUGAUUUUAGAGAAGGUAAUUUAUCUGUCAAUUAGCUACUUUACUAUAGCAACUGAAAUCAGAUUUAUUGAAAUAGAAAGGAACAAGCAUUUAAAUCCUAAAAGUGACCAAACAAAAAAUAUAGAUACUGAGGGAUUCAAAAAAAGCUAAAUUUAUCAUUUAAAAUCAAUAGAGAUAGUUUGUUAACACAUUACAUGCAAAAGUCCAUACAUCAAUCAUUUAAUCACUUCUUAUCAUAAACAUUAUAAUCAAAACCUUGAAACCAUACUUGAAGAAAGUUUUAGUUCAUUCCAAGAUAAUAAUUUAUUUGAUGGGUCAUAAAACUAACACAAUAAUUUUAUAAAUAAUUAGAAUCACUAGCAAUACAAUAUUCUUUAACAAGAAGAUCAGGGUUAAUAAUUUGAAGAGUUAGUGAAUAACUUUGUUAAUGGAAUGAGUGAGGAUGAUUAAACUCCUGUUUAUAUUUAAAAUAAUCCUCAUUUAUCUAGUAAUAAUGCACAUAAUAUAAAUAAUAGCAGCUUAAAUAACUUGCAAAAUAGUAGCAUGACUAAAUUCAACUCAAUUAAUGGGCAAAUAAUUCAAAACGAUGAUAUCAUUUUAAGCAAUGAAAAAAGAGUCCCAAGCCCAAAUUAAAGAAACGGCUCAAAUUCUAAUAUAAAAAAAUAAAUUAAUGGACAGCAAAAAUUACAAAAUGCUGGAUAAGCUGUAAAAUCUUCAUAUUCCACCCUAACUAAAAGCACAGAAAACGGAAUAAAUAAUAAAGAAAAGAAAUUAGGUACAAGCAAAUAAGCUGGAUCUUAAGUGUGCUAAAUGCUUCCAAGUUCUACUUUAAACAAAAAGAAUCUAAAUUUAGAUUUUAAUGGGAAUCAUAUCAGUUCUAGUACAACUAAUAUGCACUCUGCUAAUAUAAACCAAUAAAAUUUGAAUCCAGUUAAUAGAAAUUUAGCAGAGUUUUUUAGCCAUGAAAAUUCUAAAAAAAACACUCCUCGCGGAAUUUUAAACAUCAGGAAAUCUACUCCAGCUGUAGAGCAAUCAUCGAAAGAAAUUGCAUUAACCGAGCCUAAUAUUCCCACAAGUACAAGCUAGCCGAGGUCUAAUAGCAAAGUUACAAAGAAAAGCAAAUAAACAAAUCUACAAAGCUCACAAAUUAAAAAAAUGAAUGCUUUGACAAUAGAAAAAGUCACUCAAAUCUUAAAAAACAACUUAUUAGCUUCCUAUUCCUCUGCAUUUUUAUCAUGUAGCAAUGUUGCUACCUUAAAUCACUCAAAGAACCCCUCUUCUAAUUAAGAUAGGAAAAAACCUUUAACUGCAAGUGCUGCAUUAACAAAAUAAAAUUUGAAUUCAUCACCUGGACUAAAAAAGAAAUCACCUUCUAAUCUUUAGUAAGAUCCACUGAGAAAAAGCGCUUGCAUAGUAUAACAACAGCAACAACCUUCAAGUGGAUAGCGUACAAAUAAUAGUAGCAUAAAAAAUAAUCUAAAUAAUAAUAGUUCUUCAUUUCCUUCAACAACUUAGAGCAGCACAAAAUCUAAAAAGCAAGCUACAUCUACAACAUCAAGAUAAUAGACAAAUUCAGCAAACACCCAAACAUAGCAAUAAAGCAAUACUAAUUAAUAAUAAUACUGUAAUACUGAUAGAUAAAUUAAAGACACUGACACAUAGUAAUAGAAAGCAGUUCUAUCAGAAGCAAGAGAAUCGACUGAUAGAAAUAAAAUUGUAAAAAUAAAAAAUGAAGCUAAAUAAAAAAUAGUAACAACAGUGCCUUUCAGUGAAGAAGUGAGUGAAAAAAAGAAAUAAGGAUAAAAAUAAAGUACUUCGCAAAGUAAAAAUAGUAAAGAAUAGAAAAAUACUGACAAUAAAAAAAUGUUAAGCCCAAGUUUGACAGCAACUAAUUUUUUGUCUCUAAAAACAAUGAAAAAAGAAACAAUACAAUAACUUCUAAAAGAUAGCAGUAAAAUAAUUCCUAAGCUUAAUCUAAGCUAGUUAAAACUAAAGACAGAUGAUAUAAGAUUUUUCAGUCCAAGAGAAACUUCCACAAAUUCCAAUAUAAAAAAAUAACAAAUAUGA